AUGGUCACCCGCAUUGCUCUGCGGAGCUGUUCUCGCCAUGCCACGUCCACUCUCCGGGUACGUGCGGCAACGACGGUGACGACGACGCGCUCUUUUGGCAGCACGGCAGCUCGCUGCAACAUCAACAACCAUACCGCGGAUACCACGUCGAGCCAGCAGGUCAAGACGACGCAUUUCGGCUACGAGGAUGGCGUGACCGAGGCUGAGAAGAGGGAGCGCGUGGCCGGUGUCUUCACCAACGUGGCCGAGUCGUACGACAAGAUGAACGAUCUCAUGUCCAUGGGAGUACACCGUCUCUGGAAGGACUACUUUGUGUCCUCUCUCAACCCCGGAGCCACGACGCCCCUAGGCCAGCCUCAGAAGGUGCUGGACGUGGCCGGCGGCACGGGCGACAUCGCCUUCCGCAUGCUCCACCACUCGCACGUGCGCAACGGCAACGCAAACAUGCACGUCACCAUCUCCGACAUCAACCCGGCUAUGCUGGAGGUGGGCCGGCAGCGGUCGCUCGACCUCCCGACGGACCAGCAGUCGUCGCUGUCCUUCCUCGAGGCCAACGCCGAGAAGUUCCCGUCCGGCAGCAUCCCCGACGGCUCGCUCGACCUGUACACGGUGGCCUUCGGCAUCCGCAACUUCAGCGACAUGCCGGCCGCGCUGCGCGAGGCCAACCGCGUCCUCAAGCCCGGCGGCGUCUUCGCCUGCCUCGAGUUCUCCAAGGUCGACCACCACCCGCUCCUGAAUGCCGUAUACAAGCGCUGGUCGUUCGGCGCCAUCCCCCUCAUCGGCCAGCUCGUCGCCGGAGACAGGGACAGCUAUCAGUACCUGGUCGAGAGCAUCGAGAGGUUCCCCACCCAAGAGGACUUCCGCGACAUGAUUGUCGAUGCCGGCUUCGACGUCGCCGGCGAGGGGUACGAGAACCUCACCGGCGGCAUCGCUGCCAUCCACAGGGGCAUUAAGCCUCUGUAG